AUGGAAAACAAUGUGGCAUUCCAAUGGCUGACUUCUUGUAUGGAAAACAAUGUGGCCAUCCAAUGGCUGACUUCAAGUGGGGAAAACAAUGUGGCCUUCCAAUGGCUGACUUCAAGUGGGGAAAACAAUGUGGCCUUCCAAUGGCUGACUUCUUGUAUGGAAAACAAUGUGGCCUUCCAAUGGCUGACUUCUUGUAUGGAAAACAAUGUGGCCAUCCAAUGGCUGACUUCUUGUAUGGAAAACAAUGUGGCCUUGCAAUGGCUGACUUCUUGUAUGGAAAACAAUGUGGCAUUCCAAUGGCUGACUUCUUGUAUGGAAAACAAUGUGGCCUUCCAAUGGCUUACUUCUUGUAUGGAAAACGAUGUGGCCUUGCAAUGGCUGACUUCUUGUAUGGAAAACAAUGUGGCCUUGCAAUGGCUUACUUCUUGUAUGGAAAACAAUGUGGCCUUCCAAUGGCUUACUUCUUGUAUGGAAAACAAUGUGGCCUUCCAAUGGCUGACUUCUUGUAUGGAAAACAGUGUGGCCUUCCAAUGGCUGACUUCUUGUAUGGAAAACAAUGUGGCCUUCCAAUGGUUGACUUCCAGUGGGACCAACAAUGUGGCCUUCCAAUGGCUGACUUCCAGUGGGGAUAACAAUGUGGCCCUCUAA